UCAGAGAGAUGGUCAAAAUUUUGCCGCGAUUUUGGCCUCGUGUGGUCGGAAGAGAAGUAUGAGCGUCGUACGAAUUAGAAGCUAACGAAUAAUUUCCAAGAAAUUCUAUUUAAAUUCUCUAACUAUUAAUUACUAAUUAAAAAUAGAAAAAAAUGUCUAAAAUAAAUACAUUGUACAAUUAUUUUACAUCACCAAAGACUGUUAAACAAAAAGAUAAUAAAGAUAAUAAAGUUACGAAUACUGAAACACCAGGAACACCAAAAAGUGGACGAAAGAACAAAGAACAGAAAAAAAUAGAAGAAAAAGAAAAUCGUCAAACUGAUAUACGCAAAAGAAAUUGGAAAAAUGAGGAGUCGGAUGAUAACGAAGAAAUUGUACCGGUUCAAACCAAACGACGUAGAAUUAUUAUACCCGAUGAUAAUAGCGAAGAUUCUGGGGAUAGUUUUAAACCAGAUUCAGCAGAUGACGAUAGCGAAUCUGAAUUAUCUGAAGGUGUUACAGAAAGUGAAAUAGAUACUCAAGAAGAAGAAACUCCUGAGAAGAAACCAAGAAAGCCUGUAAUUGCCAAAGGUUCACGUAAAGGAAAAACAGCACCCAAACAGUCAGGGAAAAAGGAAAUAAAAUCAAUUACUGCAUCCCAAUCUCAGGAACAAUCAACAAGUGUACCUGUUACUCCGGCAGAUUCAUGGCCUCACUUAAAAUAUGAUUUUCUUCAACCUGAUAAAAGAAGAGAUAUUAAUAGAAGACUACCGAACAAUCCAGACUAUGAUUCUAAGACUGUUCACGUUCCAUUGGAUUUCCUUAACAAUCAGACACCUGCCAUGAGACAGUGGUGGGAAAUCAAAAGCAAACACUUUGAUUGCGUUCUAUUUUUCAAAGUUGGAAAGUUUUAUGAAUUGUAUCACAUGGAUGCAGUUACUGGAGUUAAUGAACUUAAUCUAACAUACAUGCGUGGAGAAUUUGCACAUUCUGGUUUCCCAGAAAUUGGAUAUGGACGCUUUUCAACGAGUCUUAUUGAAAGAGGAUAUAAGAUUGCACGUAUUGAACAAACUGAAACACCAGACAUGAUGACACAACGUUGUAGUAAAAUGUCCAAAGUAACUAAAUACGACAAGGUUGUAAAACGCGAGAUUUGUCAAAUAAGUACAAAGGGUACUAGAGUUCAUACUCCUUUGGAAGUUGACGUAUCUACACCUAAUUCUAAUUAUCUUCUCUCUUUGGUUCAAAAAUGUAAAUCAGGAGUAAACAGCAGUUUUGGAGUAUGUUUCAUAGAUACAACGAUUGGUGACUUUCAUCUUGGAGAAUUUGUGGAUGAUUGUCACAAUUCCAGACUAUUGACCUUAUUUGCACAUUAUCCACCAGUCCAUAUUGUUUACGAACGCGGAAAUUUAUCACCAACCGUAUUGAAAAUUCUAAAUAAUUCAAUGGCAGUUGCCUACAAGGAAUCUCUACAACGCGAUGUAGAAUUUUGGACUGCAGCAAACACGUUGAAAUAUCUUCACGAAGGAGAAUAUUUUAAAAAAGAGAAAGAUUCAAGUUUUGUUUGGCCUGAAGGUUUACAACCUUAUUUAAGUGAAGGAGAUAGUUUGGGUUUAACUCCUGCUGAAGAUACAGAAUUAGCAGUACGUGCUCUUGGAGGAUGCAUAUAUUUACUUAAAGAGUAUUUACUCGAUCAACAAUUAUUGGCACAGGCACAAUUUAAGACAUAUAUACCACCUGAUUUUUUCAAUGACAAUGAACGUACAGAAACAAAACUUAUGAAUAAUAUGGUGUUGGACGCCAUUACAAUCAACAAUCUACGAAUUUUUGGAGAAGGUUCUCUUAUGAAAACAUUGGAUUAUUGUGCAACUGCAUUUGGUAAAAGGUUAUUACGAGAAUGGAUAUGCAGACCAUCUUGCCGUAAAAAUAUUAUAAAAGAGCGUCAAGAGGCUAUACAAGAAUUAAUGGGAAAAGUGAAUGUAGUGCAGUCUAUUCGAUCUGUGUUGUCGAAUCUUCCAGAUUUAGAAAGAUUAUUAAGCAAAAUACAUGCAUUAGGAAAUAAAGCUAAAUUAUGGAAUCAUCCUGAAGGAAGAGCAAUAAUGUUCGAGGGUCAGACGUACUCGAAAAGAAAGAUCAUGGAUUUUACUACAGCUUUAAAUGGAUUUGAGAAAGUAUUGGAGAUUAUUGAUUUGUGUUCUGAUUUCAAAACUAAUUUGAUAAGUCGUUGUACCAAAUUUGAGCCGGAAGGAGAAUUUCCUCAUUUGAGAGAGACGCUCGAUUAUUUUAAAACAGCAUUCGAUCACGAGGAAGCAAAGAAACAAGGAUGUAUCGUUCCUAAAAAAGGAGUGGAUGACGAAUAUGACUCAGUGUUAUCUCAGUUGGAAGAAAUAAAGGAAGAUUUAGAUGCUUACUUAGCAAAGCAAAGAAAACAUUUUGGCGUUAAGGUAACAUUCUUCGGUCACGACAGAAAAAGAUUUCAGCUUGAAGUUCCAGAUUCUCAAAUAAAAAAAGUAGGAUCGGGAUACGAAUUAACAUCCCAACGUAAAGGCUUCAAGCGUUACUAUACCGCGGAAGCAAAAGAACUUUUAGCAAGACAAACGAGCGCCGAAGAAACUAGAGACAAAGUUUUGAAGGAUCUGAACAGACGAAUAUUCGCCAAGUUUAGCGAGAAGUAUGAUAUGUGGCAUAUGGCUAUUCAUAAAAUAGCCAUUUUAGAUGUUCUCAUAUCUCUUGCCGAAUAUGCUCAUAGCGGUGAUAUGUGCAUUCCAGAAAUUCAUGAUGCGAACAAUGGUGAAAUCUUCAUCGAUAUCAAAGAUGGAAAGCAUCCGUGUAUAUUGUCAGAUAACUUUAUUCCCAAUGAUACUUCAAUUGCUAAAGAUCAGACAGCUUCGGUAAUUAUUUUAACCGGUCCAAAUAUGGGUGGUAAAUCGACUCUGAUGCGUCAAAUAGGAUUGUUAACGAUCAUGGCACAAAUAGGUUGUCACGUACCAGCAAGUUCAUGUAAUCUAACAUUGGUGGAUCGUAUUUUUACAAGAUUAGGAGCAAACGAUGACAUUCUAGCUGGCCAGAGUACAUUCCUGGUAGAAUUAACAGAAACUUCUGCAAUAUUAAAACACGCCACACCUUACUCUUUAGUUUUGCUAGACGAAUUAGGUCGUGGUACUUCGACGUAUGAUGGUACAGCAAUAGCUGCGUCAGUUGUUAACGAACUGACGAAGUUAAAAUGUCGUACAUUAUUUUCAACGCAUUACCACUCAUUGGUAGAAGAUUACAAAAACAAUCCAGACGUAACAUUAGUACACAUGGCAUGUAUGGUAGAAACUGAAGAAGAGGAAGAAGUAUCUCAAGAAACUGUUACAUUUUUAUAUAAACUCAGCGAAGGUGCUUGUCCUAAGUCUUAUGGAUUCAAUGCAGCAAGAUUGGCUGGUAUUCCACUUGCUAUUACAAACAGAUCACGUGAAAUUGCUAAAAAAAUGGAACAGGAAACUAUUAACAAACACCUCUUCAUUAGUCUCUGUAAAGCUAAUGAGUCUGAGAUAAGAACUCUUAUUGCAAGUAUUUAAAAAAAAAAAAAA